GUCCGUUGCAGGAGUCUGAGAGCGGUGGUAACUUUUUUUCGCGUCAGUCGUUGAGAACUUAAAUUUUUCGAUUAAAAAUGAGGGAAAUUGUGCAUCUGCAGGCAGGCCAGUGUGGAAACCAGAUUGGAGCAAAGUUCUGGGAGGUGAUCAGUGACGAACAUGGCAUCGACCCGACUGGGACAUACCACGGAGACAGCGACCUGCAGCUGGAUCGGAUCAACGUGUAUUACAACGAAGCAACAGGUGGCAAGUAUGUCCCUCGAGCAGUGCUUGUGGACUUGGAGCCAGGCACAAUGGAUUCUGUGAGAUCUGGUCCCUUUGGCCAGAUCUUCAGACCAGACAAUUUUGUCUUUGGCCAGAGUGGAGCUGGUAAUAACUGGGCUAAAGGCCACUACACGGAGGGAGCAGAGCUGGUUGAUUCAGUCCUGGAUGUGGUGAGGAAGGAGGCCGAGAGCUGCGACUGCCUCCAAGGCUUCCAGCUCACCCACUCUCUAGGAGGAGGCACAGGCUCUGGUAUGGGUACGUUGCUCAUAAGCAAAAUCCGAGAGGAGUAUCCAGACAGAAUCAUGAACACGUUCAGCGUGGUGCCUUCACCUAAGGUGUCAGACACUGUGGUGGAGCCAUAUAAUGCCACCCUCUCUGUCCACCAGCUGGUUGAGAACACAGACGAGACCUACUGCAUUGAUAAUGAAGCCCUGUAUGACAUCUGUUUCCGCACACUAAAGUUGACCACGCCCACCUAUGGUGACCUCAACCACCUUGUCUCAGCCACCAUGAGUGGAGUGACCACCUGUCUGCGCUUUCCCGGUCAGCUCAACGCUGAUUUGAGGAAACUGGCUGUGAACAUGGUGCCCUUCCCCAGGCUUCACUUCUUCAUGCCAGGCUUUGCUCCUCUGACAAGCCGUGGCAGCCAACAGUACAGGGCAUUGACAGUUCCUGAGCUCACCCAGCAGAUGUUCGAUGCCAAGAACAUGAUGGCAGCUUGCGACCCACGCCACGGGCGCUACCUCACUGUUGCUGCCAUCUUCAGAGGCCGCAUGUCAAUGAAGGAGGUAGAUGAGCAGAUGCUUAAUGUGCAGAACAAGAACAGCAGCUACUUUGUGGAAUGGAUCCCCAACAACGUCAAGACAGCAGUCUGUGACAUCCCUCCCCGUGGCCUCAAGAUGGCUGCCACCUUCAUUGGCAACAGCACUGCUAUCCAGGAGCUGUUCAAACGCAUCUCAGAGCAGUUCACCGCCAUGUUCCGCCGCAAAGCUUUCCUCCACUGGUACACUGGUGAGGGUAUGGAUGAGAUGGAGUUCACUGAAGCUGAGAGCAACAUGAACGACCUGGUAUCAGAGUACCAACAGUAUCAGGACGCCACUGCUGAGGAAGAGGGCGAGUUUGAUGAGGAGGAGGAGGAGGAAACUGCCUAGAAAAUACCUUUUCCAACUAUGCAACAGUUGAGACUGGGCAAUGGGAUUUUUAGCAUUGUGUAUUCGUUUAAGAAAAUCAUUCUGACAACAUAGAGUGUUAUCAGAUGAUAAAAUUGAAUACUUAUCCAGCCUUAACUGUUGUAAAUGGUUCAUCAAUAAUUGUUUUUUAAAUGUUAUCUGUUCUGUUUCCACUCUUCCUUAGCUGUCAGGAGUUCUCUUCUCCUUACCUACUUUGGAUAUAAAUGUUACAAACAUCUCUUCUGUUGUCCUUGUGUUUAUCCAUGUUCAAACAAAAUAACUUACGUUUUUAGAAGCUGACACACAACUUAAAACCAAUUUUCUGUAAAUGUAACAUUUUCUAAAUGUUUUCUCUUUUCAUCUUUUUCAAGCUGCAGGUUUGAAAUGUUUGUGAUGGAGGAUGUAACACUGACUAGCUAAAGACACACUUUGUUGGGUUUGACACUGUAAUGUCAUUUCUCAACAUCUUUUAAUGUUGAAUAGAUUAAUAAAAAAAAAAACCUUAAAAUGCACUUCAAGUCUGAAAGCUUUAAACAGUGCCAGGAGCUGGUUACUGUUACAUGUUCCUCCGAGAUUACUGACAUGUCAAAGAGAUCUAAUAAAGAUUUUAUCAAUUUGU